CCUUUACCUAAUAACCAAACACAAUGAGUGGUUAAUAAUGUCCUCUCCUUUUAUUUUAUUUUAUUUUAUUUUUAUUUUGUUUUCUAAUUAAUAUUAUCAUUUCUUUUCUUUUUCACUGUACCAAACAUAAUAUUAAGCUUUAUAGUGCAAUGGUAAGCGUUAUUCCCAUUUUGAUAUCCCUAUCCUUGCAAAAGGUGUCAUAUUGCACAAGUGAGCCUUAUUCGCAUUUUCAUUUUAAUCAAAUGCACCAAAAUUUUAAAGUAAAAUGACACAGUUGUCCCUUACACAUAAAUAAAAGAAUCAAGUAUUAAGGGUGAAUUUGUCAUUUAAAUAUAUAUAUAUUUUUUAAAAAAAUAAAAAUAAAAUGAGUGCAUUUGCUUAGAAUGUUCUUCUUCUUUUUUUCUUUUUUUUUUUUUUUUUUUUAAUUUGAAUAGUAUUUCUUAAAUUUAUCCAAUUGGUUAUGGCAAGGAGGUGACUAAGGAGUUCAGUUAAAUGAAGUACAAAAUGUAGAUGGAAUCAUAUAAUAGGUGGAAUCAUGAAUGAAGAAUUAUAGUAUUUACAUGCAUGGAAUAUGUAUUGGUGUAGCAGUCAGUACUAUUUUGGGUCCCACAGGUUGGUCCAAAAGCUGCAAAAGCCAGCCAAGGAUACCCUCAAAUGCAACAAACCGGCGAAGGUGAGAUUGCCUAGCAACAUUGGCUCUUAACUCCUUUUAUACCUCAAACCAUAAUUUAGAGAGAGAAAAAAGAGCUCCAGGUCUGAGAAUAUGGUGGGUACUUAGAGAGAGAGACACGAGACUAUGAUAUGUAGAGAGAGAGGAGAGAGGGGUCUUGAGAGUCGGUCUAGGAAGGAAACGAGUGGAGCGAGGAUUUGGGCGAGAAAUUAGUGAGACAGGGAGAGAGGGUAUUCAAAUAGUUGCUUUAGAUUUGCAUUUAAGUUUGAAUUUUUAAAAAAUGGGUUUUCAUAAUUUAGUGAUCUGAUCUGUCUCUCAGACAAACCAACCACUGGGUUUGAGAAAAAUCCGAAGCUCUCACAUAAUUUCUCUCUCUAUAUAUACUUUUCUCUCUCUCUAUAUAUAUACGAGCUUUGCUGAAUUAUGGGGGUUCUUGUUUCCAUUUAAGUUGCCUAUCUUGACUCUGUAACCUGCGAGAUUUUGUGUAAUCUUUUGGAUGGAGAUUUUUGUUCCUCUUGACUUUGGUUCUCUUGAUUCCUCUAGAUUUCCCAUUUGGGUUCUUCUUCAAACCCUCAGAUUUUGAUUUUUUUUUAAGAUAUUCAGUGUCUCAAUUUAUGGUAUGGGUUAUUUUUUUUCCAUAUAUAUAGCCCAUAAGGGUGGUUCACUACUUGAACAUUAUCUUAUUGCUUGUAGUUAGAUAGAUGAUUGAGACAAGUAUGGUUCAAGAGGCACACACCCAAAAGUAUAGUAAUAGCAGUAGUGGUGGUGGUGGUGGUGGCAGUGGUGGUGGUUGUGGUAGUAGAUCUUCAAAAAAGCUGAAGCAAAAAAAAGUCCCACAAAGAGGACUUGGUGUUGCUCAGCUUGAGAAGAUUAGGUUAGAGGAACAACAAAAGAAAGAUGCUGCUGUACCAACUGCUUCUAUUUUGCCACCCAAUUCAAUUAUAUCACCUAAUUCUUCAUGCUUAGCUGUUCAAGGUGCUAAUUUUAGGCAUAACCCAUCCCCUUCUUCCCCUUUGCCACCACCAUCACCCACCCAUUUCUCUUCCAAGAAUUCUAUUUUUAGACCAGCCCCAUUGAUUCCAAAUUUGGAUGUUUUGAAUCCAAAUUCUGUACCAUUUUCGAAACCGUUGAAUGUAGGUGAUGGUGAGAUUGGUUGGUCAGCUGUUAUGGGUUCAGGGCAUGGAAAUUGGUCUAAGUUAUGGAAUUGUGAAUACAAUCUUGAUGGUGGGGAGAAUCAUAGGUUGGAUCACCAUGGAUUCACUUAUAGGUCUAAUAUGAAUUUGCCUUUUGAAUCUUGGCCUCCCCAAAAUGUGAUGCACAGAGCACAACAAUUUCAGCAACCUUCUUCUUCAUCAAUGGUGAAUGUCUCUUCAGGGACUUCUUCAUCAUCUGUUAUAAAUUUUCAGAUGGAGCCCCCUUCAAACCAAAGCCAUUAUGGCAACUACUACACACCUAUAUGCCCAGAGGAAGAGAAGAUGGUUGGCGUGAAGAGAUCAUAUCCUUUCUCUCUAGACAAUCCAACAAGCCCUUCUUUCCGGUGCAAAUUUCCUCCUACCUAUCUUGCGCCUCACAUCAACAGAUCAGAUGAAUCAGCUUCAUGUGGCAAUGGAGGAGCGAGUAAUAUUGAACCCGGCAACCCUGUUUUCAGAGAAAGCCCUUUAAGCUCAACUACAAUGUAUGAAUCGAAUUCAGAUAAAAUUAGCAGAGGAAAUGGGGGUUUGAACGGAGAUUUUCUCACGUUGGCCCCUCCCACAGCUAGUUCGCCACGUCCAAGCACAAAAUAUAAGACCUCUGCAGCUUGUGUAGUCCCCUAUUACCGCGAAUUAUCUGAAGUUGAACCUCUACCUUGUCAUUAUCAAGGAAGCAUGGAAGAACCAAUUCAUCGGCAGGGACCAAGUGGGUUGAUUCAACAACAGCCAUUUUACAAUUUCUUUCUGAAUGCAAAAGCUCAAAUUGGCCAAGCAGCAAGUACUGUGGGCAACUGCAGUGGUGAAGUAGGAGGUGUUGAUCUGAAUCUGAAGUUAUAAAAGGCCAAAUUUGUUUCACUUUAAGAAAUGAGGAGGAGGCAACUUCUUAUGGUGUGUUUGGCAGGCCAUUUGUUCCUCUCCAUGAGACCACACUAGGAACUUCUUGAAAUGAAAUUUUAAUGGUUGAUGGGUAAAGUGAAGGUAUGAAAUUGCAUGUGUAAGUAAUGAGUAUGAAAGAGACAGAAGCCCAAAUCUUGGCCAUGUGAGAGUGGGGAGAGAAGAAAGAUAGGGAGUGAUGUACAGUUUGUUUGUUUUGGGUGUUACAAUCUUGUUUGAUGGUUGUGUUUUUUAAAGUUUUGGGUUUAUUUGUUUGGAUGGUGGAUGAGUCAGGCACCCUUGAUAGGUAACAAACUUUUGCAUGUGGAUUGUGGGAAUCUGAUUGUGCUUUGUCUUGUUAUGCUUUUGUAGGGUCACCAAAAUCUGACCUCAAUUAUGGUUGCAGAUGAUCAGUUACGAAAGAAAUGGCCCAUGGAUGUGCCUGUUUGUGUGUGGAGACUCUGGAGAGAGUGUUAGGGACUGUUUGGCUUUAGAUUGUUGACAUUAUAGUUUUCUGCUUUCAGAUAACUUCAGUAUAAUUUUUUUUUUUUCAUUUACAGUUUUUUGAAAAUUUAGUUAAAAAAUAUCUGUUUUAAGAGGACAAGUUUUUUAUUUAUCUGAAAACAGUUUUUUGAAUUAUUAGGGAAACCAAACAGGCCUCUUUCAUUGUUUGAGAAGAGGGAAAGGGGCCUUCCUGAUUGCUUUGUUGUACAUCUUGCAUGUGCCGAAAAGUAAAUGAAAUUACAGAAAAGGGACCACUUUGG